AUUUACCUCUGAUAACAAAUCUAGCAUUGAUGAAGCCUUACAACAUCUAGCUCAGUUAUGCGAUAGAGCUUUUGACGCUGAAGAUAAAGCAAAUCGAGCUAAUCAGGAAGAAAUUUUAUGCCGGUGCCUCUAUGCGAAGGAUUUCAUAAUUCAGCUCAAUGGAUUAUAGAAAACAGUGGAGAUAAAUUUGGUGAAAAGAAGGCAAAAGGCUUACUAUAUGAUUCCAUUACAAAACAGCUUAACUUGCUUCGUAAACAGAGAUCCCAAGAAACGGGGUUACAACUUCGAGAUGUAUCACGAGAUAGUUUGCGCAAGAAAACUCAGAGAGCUGAGAAAGUCUAUAAAUUUAUCGAACAAGUGGGCCUGGAUAAAAUCAAGUAUAUAAAAUCUUAUAGUGCAACUUCUAUUUCAGAGCUUACUAAUGAGCAAAUUCAAGAGGUUAUAGAUUGUGGAAUAUCUUCGGAACAAUUAUCUCUAGUAACUGAUCAUGUGACUGAAAUUUCCGAGACAUUAUGUCCCGGAAAAAAAUUGCCCAUACCUGAAGAAAAUACAUCAUCCACACCUCAAAUCGCUCCAGUUAAGGCAGAGAUCAAUCGACUAUGAUGAUGUAUAUUUUGAUGAAGAACUUGAUUAUGAUUCCACAC